GGUCUAAAUAUCGCGCUGCUGCCUCCGGGGUUGAGGAGAAGCCCCCGAGGAAGUGGUGUGGCCACUGCUCCUCGAGUCCCAUCACCUGCCCACUCAGGCCAGCUAAUUUUAUUGGCCUUCGGUCUACUUUACCAAGAGGCUAUGGAAGUAUAAAUAAUAAAGCAAGAAAAGCAGAUCCAUUUGGCUGGCGCAGUGGAUUUCUCCUGAAUGUGCUGACAAUCUCCAAGGAAAAUGAACCCCAUGCUGGGCCUGGGCCUACUUUUUGCUGGCCUUCUCACUGUGGAAGGUCUUCUGAAUUCCAAGUCCCCCGCGAAGUAUCGUGGACCCAAGAGCCAAAUCCAGUCAUGGAAGGGAAUGAAGGCAGCCGAGGAGCUCACAAAGCGGAACACAGACUUCGGCUGCAAGCUUUAUAGGAAGCUGGCUUCCAAUAGCCCCAGAAAGAACAUCUUCUUUUCCCCCUUGAGCAUCUCUGCAGCCUUCUCCAUGCUGUCUCUGGGUUCCCAGGACUCCACCCUGGAUGAGAUCAAGCAGGGCUUCAAUUUCAGGAAUAUGCCAGAGAGAGACAUUCAUGAGGGCUUUCAUUACCUCAUCUACAGGAUGAACCAGGGCAGCCAGGACCUCGAACUACACCUUGGAAACACCUUGUUUAUCGACCAGAAGUUGCAGCCAGAGAAGAAGUUUCUGACAAAUGUCAAGAACCUGUACAGUGCAGACACUGUCCCCACCAACUUCCAGAAUUUAGGAGAUACUCGGAAGCAGAUCAAUGACUAUGUCAGUCAGAAAACCCAGGGGAAAAUCAACAACCUGAUCAAGAAUAUAGACCCUGGCACUGUGAUGCUUCUUACAAAUUGUAUUUUCUUUCGAGCCAGGUGGCAACACGAAUUUGAUCCAAAAAUAACUAAAGAGGAAGACUUCUUUUUGGAUGGAAACCAGCGAGUGAAGGUGCCCAUGAUGUUCCGUGGGGGCAUGUAUGAGACUGGUUAUGAUGAACAGCUCUCCUGCACUAUUCUGGAAAUGCCCUACCAGGGCACCAUCUCUGCCACCUUCAUCCUUCCUGAUGAGGGCAAAAUGAAGACUGUGGAGGAGGCCUUGAAGGCAGACACUUUUGACAGAUGGAAAAAAUUAAUCACUCGAAGGGUCGUAGAUGUGUCCUUGCCCAGGUUCUCCAUCACUGGUAACUAUGAUCUGAAGAGGACACUCUCCUACCUGGGUAUCACCAAAAUCUUUGAGGAGCAUGGUGAUCUCACCCGGAUCUCCCCUCAUCGAAGCCUGAAAGUGGGAGAGGCGGUGCACAAGGCGGUGCUGAAGAUGGAUGAGAAGGGCACAGAGGGCGCAGCCGGCUCCGGAGCCCAGACGCUGCCCAUGCAGACGCCGCUGCCCAUCAAGUUGAACAAACCGUUUCUGGUGUUUAUUAAGGAUGAUGUUGUGUCCACCAUAAUCUUCUUGGGAAAGAUUGUGAAUCCUACUGGGAAAUAAGGGGGAGUUCCAGCUGGCUGCAGACCCCAGCGGCAGCCUGGGGCUGAAAAUGUCUCACCUGCCUGAGAUUGGGAUCCCAGGACCUUCUAAUCUAAUCCCAUGCCUUCAUGAGCUCCCCAGGCCACUGUCCAAACAGGCAGCACCACUGGCCCUGGGGGCUUCUGUGUCCCCCCCAUCCUCCCUCAGCUCCCUCCCUGCCUGGUCCAGCAUCCUUGGGCUUAGAUGCCCUACCCCCACCCACUUGGCUGCCUGUGAUCUCCCCUCCUCGGAGAGGCAGACGGGGUUUGUGAUUUAAUAAAUACACCCUUAGUUCUGC